AUGGGGGCGACUAACCUGAAUGUGGAGAUGGACAGGGGGGCGGCGGCGGUGGAAGCAGGGCUUCGGUUGGAGGAGAUGAGGGCCGAGCAGGAGGUGGGGUGGAGUCCAGUGAGGGUGGAGACAAAUCUGUCUCUUGGGCCAACCCAACCGAUCAAUACAGCCCAAGGCCCACCACAAGCAAGAACAAAUGGGCUUAAUGUGUAUCAGCAUAUUCAAGAUGGAAGGGAAGAGGAGUUGGGCCGAAAACAAAAGAAAAGGAAGGGAAUGGGCAUGCUGUGUGGUCUCAGGCCCAGUGUCGAGUUAAGGGAAGAAGAAGUGGUCUUUCAUGGGCCAACAGGUGUGUUUGAAUUGGGUGGGCCGGGGGUUGUACCCAGAAGGAAGAAUCUGAAGGUUAAGUCCGGGAAAAAUAAUACCUCCAAUGGGAAUCAGUCAGAAAGUGAGCAGGAGGGCCGAGGAAAGAAGAAAAAGGCAGCGGUGGUUCGCCAGAAGCCACCUCUUCAAGAAUGA